CUACUAGCAAAUUCUAAAUUUAUCAAUGGGGUGUUUCGGUGGUACCAAAUCCAAGAAACCAAAACCAUCCUCUCAGCGUAAAAAGUGCCAACCUAAGCCGAAAACAUGGUCUCAAGAUGAGUGGAAAAUCCAUGGUCGCUAUCUUUCCAGGUUGUCACAACCGAAAAAGAACUACGCACAUGAGAAAUUUGAUAAAAUUCCGCAACAGCGAAGGGUCCCGCUUAGCGUUCUAAAACCCCGCAUGACCACCCUGGCUCGUCCGAAAGCCAUCUCUUCCUUCAAGCACGACUGCCCACUGGAUCCCAACAAAUGCCACUGCCACGUCUCCGACCCGAUCCGCAAAGUACCAGUCCAAGCCAGAAACUACGUCCCCACCAAGCGAAUUACGGUGCUGAGUCAACCGAAACUGGACUACCAGGAAGUGAUCCGCUGCUUCCCCAAGCAACGGGUCAUGUGCAUCAACACACGGGUCCUGAGCUAUCGAAUCAAGAAACUUGCCACGCCAAAGUACCAACACCUAUGCACUCCGGAAGGCGCUAACCCGUACGGCGUGAAACCGGAAGCCCUGGUAGCGACGGCCACCGCCAGAACGCUACAACUUGCUCAACCGAAAAGCUUCUCCAGGGCAAACUGAAUGGAGGAUUACACGCAAA